CCUAGCCGCGGGGGCAAGAUGGCGGCCGCCACGGAGGGUCUCCUGCCGGCCGGUCGUCACGGCUACUGCUGACCCAGCAUCAGCUUUCCUCCUUCCAGAACCUGGCUUCGAGCAGGGGUUGGGAAGGGCAGUGGACGGCGUUGGGGGAGGCCCGCGAGAUUUAUAAGGAACUCUUCCUCUGAAUUCAUGGUGUUUCAUCAUAUAUACAACUGAAAAAUCAGGACCUUUUUAGGUUACUGUUACUCAAACCAAAAGAUGACAUCUAUUAUCAAAUUAACUACCCUCUCUGGGGUCCAAGAGGAGUCUGCUCUUUGCUAUCUUCUCCAGGUUGAUGAGUUUAGAUUUCUGUUGGACUGUGGCUGGGAUGAGCACUUUUCUAUGGAUAUUAUAGAUUCCCUGAGGAAGCAUGUUCACCAGAUCGAUGCAGUGCUGCUAUCUCACCCGGAUCCUCUCCAUCUGGGUGCCCUCCCGUAUGCUGUGGGAAAGUUGGGGCUCAAUUGUGCCAUUUAUGCAACCAUUCCUGUUUAUAAAAUGGGACAGAUGUUCAUGUAUGAUCUUUACCAGUCUCGACACAAUACAGAAGAUUUCACACUCUUUACGUUAGAUGAUGUGGAUGCGGCCUUUGAUAAAAUACAGCAGCUGAAAUUCUCUCAGAUUGUGAAUUUGAAAGGUAAAGGACAUGGCUUAUCUAUCACACCUUUGCCAGCUGGUCACAUGAUAGGUGGAACAAUAUGGAAAAUAGUCAAAGAUGGAGAAGAAGAAAUUGUUUAUGCAGUUGACUUCAACCACAAGAGGGAGAUCCACUUAAAUGGAUAUUCCCUGGAAAUGCUAAGCAGACCCUCUCUACUUAUCACAGAUUCAUUUAAUGCUACAUAUGUGCAGCCUAGAAGAAAACAGAGAGAUGAACAACUUCUGACAAAUGUCCUGGAAACACUUCGAGGUGAUGGAAAUGUAUUAAUAGCAGUGGACACUGCAGGCAGAGUUUUGGAACUUGCUCAACUUCUUGAUCAGAUCUGGAGAACUAAAGAUGCAGGAUUGGGUGUUUACUCCUUGGCACUCCUAAAUAAUGUCAGUUAUAAUGUGGUGGAGUUUUCUAAGUCCCAGGUAGAAUGGAUGAGUGAUAAAUUGAUGAGAUGUUUUGAAGACAAAAGAAAUAAUCCAUUUCAGUUUCGCCAUCUCUCUUUAUGCCACGGUCUUUCUGACUUGGCUCGUGUGCCUAGCCCCAAAGUUGUACUUGCCAGCCAACCUGACCUGGAAUGUGGAUUUUCAAGGGAUCUCUUUAUUCAGUGGUGUCAGGACCCUAAAAACUCAAUCAUUCUGACUUAUAGAACUACUCCUGGGACUUUAGCACGUUUCCUAAUUGAUAAUCCUUCUGAAAAAAUUACAGAAAUAGAGUUGAGGAAACGUGUGAAGCUUGAAGGGAAAGAACUUGAAGAAUACUUGGAAAAAGAGAAGCUAAAGAAGGAAGCUGCUAAAAAACUUGAACAAUCAAAGGAGGCAGAUAUUGAUUCCAGCGAUGAGAGUGAUGUGGAAGAAGAUAUUGACCAGCCGUCAGCUCAUAAGACAAAGCACGACCUGAUUAUGAAAGGUGAAGGUAGUAGAAAAGGAAGCUUCUUCAAACAGGCAAAGAAAUCUUAUCCCAUGUUUCCUGCCCCAGAAGAAAGGAUUAAAUGGGACGAGUAUGGAGAGAUCAUCAAACCAGAGGAUUUCUUAGUGCCAGAACUUCAAGCUACUGAAGAAGAAAAAAGCAAAUUAGAAUCUGGCUUGACAAAUGGAGAUGAACCCAUGGAUCAAGAUUUAUCUGAUGUUCCUACUAAGUGUAUUUCUACAACAGAGUCUAUUGAAAUAAAAGCCAGGGUUACUUAUAUAGACUAUGAAGGACGCUCUGAUGGGGAUUCCAUUAAGAAAAUCAUUAAUCAGAUGAAACCACGACAGUUGAUCAUUGUCCAUGGCCCACCAGAGGCCAGUCAAGAUCUGGCAGAGUGCUGCCGCGCGUUUGGUGGGAAGGAUAUUAAAGUGUACAUGCCAAAGCUACACGAAACAGUCGAUGCCACCAGUGAAACACACAUCUACCAGGUGAGAUUAAAAGAUUCACUUGUCAGCUCCCUUCAGUUUUGUAAGGCAAAAGAUGCUGAAUUAGCAUGGAUAGAUGGUGUCUUAGACAUGAGAGUUUCCAAAGUAGACACAGGAGUUAUUUUAGAAGAAGGAGAACUAAAGGAUGAUGGUGAAGACUCAGAGAUGCAGGUGGACGCUCCUUCCGAUGCCAGCGUCAUAGCUCAGCAAAAGGCCAUGAAAAGUCUGUUUGGAGAUGAUGAGAAAGAAACGGGUGAAGAAAGUGAGAUCAUCCCCACCUUGGAGCCUUUGCCACCGCAUGAGGUUCCUGGACAUCAGUCAGUUUUUAUGAAUGAACCAAGACUAUCAGACUUCAAGCAAGUUCUUUUACGGGAGGGGAUUCAAGCUGAAUUUGUAGGAGGUGUACUUGUUUGCAACAAUCAAGUAGCAGUUCGUAGAACGGAAACUGGACGCAUCGGAUUAGAAGGCUGCCUUUGUCAAGAUUUUUAUAGGAUAAGAGACCUUUUAUAUGAACAGUAUGCUAUUGUGUAAAAGACAGGAUGUCAAGAAGUAUCUGCUUGACCUUUCUAAGAAAAAGGAUUCUUAUCUUAUUUUAAGCUUUUGCUGUUUUGUUUUGUAACAUAUGAAAGAAAUCUGCCAGAAAAACUGAACAUGUAUUACAGUUUUAAAAUGUGUAAAUAGUUGGCUAAGAGUGUAGCUCAAUGGUAGAGCGUUUACCUAGCAUGCUUAAGACUCUGGGUUCAAUCCCCAGUGCUACAAAAAAAAAAAAAAAAAAAAAGGAGAUAGAGACCAUUUUGCUAAUGCCCAAAUGAGCUCCCUACCUUUGGCUUUCACUGUGUUAGAGGUCCUAACAAGUGUACAGGCCUGAGAAUUGAAGGUAAUUGGUUUCUUUUACAGACCCCUUAUUUUAGAAGGACUUUUUACUUGAAUACAAUACAGCUUAGCAAACCAGUUCAUGGCCUUAGAGAAACAUGGUUUGCAGGCAGUCUUGCAAACUGUUUCUUAUAUUUUCUGGAAUGAAAAGUGAGAGUUAUUUAAAAAAGAUGUGUUACAAAAGAGAAGCAAAAUUGAUAAAACAGUUUUUUGAGCUUAGGGAUUUAAAAAACAAAAACAGCAUGUGUGCUAUGACUCUUGAAUUCUAAUAUGCAAUCUGUUUUUGCAUGGAGCAUAUCUGCUUCAUGCCUAUAUUGCCCAGUGACUCACUUUCGUGUGAUAUAGUACACAUUUUGUUCAGAAAUCAUUUUUUCAUUUCUCCCAUUUCUUGUUUUAUCAAGAUUCUGUUGUUCAGUUUGAAUUAUGAUAGCAUCAUUUAAAUAUAUGUCAUUUAAAGGAACUCCUGGAUGUGUUAUCAUCUUAAGAGUUCUGCAUACAGGUUAGACACAUCUGAGCUAUCACCUAGGUUACUGCUGUAUUUGAAACUGGUUAGUGCUCUAUUUUUUAGAAAACAAAGUUAAACCUCAACAUUUUUAUAAGAUAAUAGUACAAUUUAAUUAAAAGAUGUAAAUGUUUUAAUCUCUUAGGAUUGCUCUGUCCUAAGGUUACCUAAAUUGUGGUUGGAUUUUAUACACAUUACUGCAAAAGUACUAAAAUUGGAUAAGAGAUUCUUUGUUGUCCCGAUAUAGUGUAAACCACAUGUGUUUGAGAGUAAAAGUUGAAUAUAUGCAAUUUUCACUGAACUUAAGCAGUGAAAACCAUGUUGCCCUCCUGUAA